AUGGGUUUGAAGGAACGCUUUGGCCUCUCCCAGAGGCCAGCGUCCGCUGAGGAAGAACUUCCCGCCGGCGUCAUGGGUGAUCCUACUCAGGAGCUGAAGGCUUUCCGCCGACAGCACAAGUGGGAUCCCUUCUUGGACAACGAGAAACUCGAUACCAUUGACGAUGCUCUCGCUUCCGAGAAUACGGAGAAGCAGGCCGUCGUGGACGAGACCCUCAUUCAAGAAGACUCGCCCUACCCCGAAGUCCGCGCUUCCGUCCCACCAACUGACGACGACGAUAUGCCUGUUGAUACAGUCCGAGCUUGGUUCCUGGGUGCCCUCCUUUGCACCGUUGUGGCCGCCUGCAACGUCCUCCUCUCAAUGCACGUCUCAUCCGCCUCCAUCUCGUCCACUGUGGUGCAGUUGGUUGCUUACCCACUCGGUGUCGGUUUGGCCAAUGUUCUUCCCAACAAGGAGCGUAGCAUUUUUGGCUGGAAGUUUAACCUCAACCCUGGCCCAUUCAACGUCAAGGAGCACACCAUCAUCACCAUGAUGACUGCUGCCGGUUCUACAUACAGUUAUGCUAUCGAUAUCUUGCUUGCCCAGGAAGUUUUCUAUUCUCAGAGAUUCGGAUGGGGAUUCCAGAUUCUUCUCAUUAUCUCGACCCAAGCCAUGGGCUUCGGUAUCGCCGGUAUCGCUCGUCGUUUCCUCGUCUGGCCGGCAUCUAUGGUGUGGCCUGCCAAUCUCGUCACUUGCACGGUUAUGCACUCUCUGCAUAAGCACGUUCCUGCGGACCCUGCUGCCACUAAUGGCUGGAAAAUCUCCCGAUAUAGGUUUUUCAUCAUUGUGUCGUUGGCCACCUUUGUGUACCAGUGGAUUCCAGAAGUCUUUGCCACCUUCUUACAAUACUUCACCUUCGUCUGCUGGAUCGCUCCCAACAAUGUUGUCGUCAACCAGCUCUUCGGCCAUGUAUCCGGCCUUGGUAUCCUACCCAUCACCUUUGACUGGCUUGGUGUGUCAUCUUGGCUUGGAAGCCCGCUGCAGACGCCUCUCUUCGCCAUUCUCAACGUCGGUUUUGGUCUCCUCAUCUGCUUGGUCGGAGCUAUCGGUCUGGCCUAUGGUGGUCCCGUCGAGUACAAGUACUUGCCCUUGAGUGCUAACAAGAACUGGGAUCGCUUCGCCAAGCCUUACAACACUUCCCGCAUCUUGACAGCCGACUACACUGUCAACGAGACGGCUUACCAGGCAUACUCUCCUAUCCUGCUAGGAGCCACCUUUUCUCUGUCCUACGGCAUGUCCUUUGCCACCCUCAUGUCCACCAUCUUCCACUGCGGUCUCUUCUAUGGCCCCGAUAUUUGGCGCCGUGCUUUUAGCUCUCGCUCUGAGGAGCCCGAUGUCCACCUGAAGCUUAUGCGCAAGUACAAGGAGGCUCCGGAGUGGUGGUUCUCUAUUAUCUUCGCUGUGAGCUUUGCUUUCGGCAUGAUUGCCUCCCAAGUCUGGUCUACUCACUUGCCAUGGUGGGCGUAUAUUGUCUGUAUCCUUAUUGGUGUUGUUCUGUUUGUUCCUAUUGGCAUGAUCCAGGCCAUCACCAACCAGCAGCCUGGUCUCAACGUCAUUACUGAAAUGAUUUUCGGUUACAUGCUUCCUGGACGUCCCAUUGCCAUGAUGUUGUUCAAGUCGUGGGGAUACAUGACCUGUGCCAACGGCCUCACCUAUAUCUCGGAUAUGAAGAUCGGCCACUACAUGAAGGUUCCCCCUCGCAGCAUGUUCUACGCCCAGGCCUUUGCUGUGAUCUGGUUGUCUCUUGUGCAAAUUGCCACCUAUAACUUUGUUAUCGGCAACAUCAAGGGCAUCUGCACCGAUGAGCAACCCCAGGGUUUGAUCUGCCCCAACGCUGCCACCUUCUACAACGCUAGUGUUAUCUGGGGUGUCAUUGGUCCUAAGCGUGUCUUCGGUGCUGGUAGCAUUUAUGCCUGGACCAACUGGUUCUGGUUCAUUGGUGCUGCUUGCCCAACCAUUCAGUACUUUGUUGCCAAGCGCUACCCUCGCUCCUUUGCCCGAUACAUCAUCUGGCCCGCAAUCUUCAGUGCUUGCGGUCUUGUGCCUCCCGCUACCCUUUACUACCUUCUUCCUUGGGUCGUUGUUGGUGUCAUCUUCAACGGCUUCAUCCGACGCUACUUCUUUGGCUGGUGGACUCAGUACAACUUUGUUCUUUCCGGCGCUCUCGAUAUUGGCUCGCGUCUUUGCGUUGUCCUUGUCGCUUUGGCGCUCGGUCUUAGUGGCAAGAACUUCCCCGACUGGUGGGGAAAUGUUGUCUACACUGAGACGUUGGAUUUCAGCAGGAAGGCUGUUACGAGGAAGUUCAUCCCUAAUGUCACGGAGCCCAUUGGCCCCUCGUCAUGGUAG